AUGAAGCAUAAAGGGAUGUUGAGUAAAGAGACGUUUGCGUCGAUUUCACGGAGAUAUGCUAGAGUGAGGAAGGUUAAAGAAGCCGUAGAUGCUUUUGAGAAGAUAGAGAAGUUUGGAAUGAAGUUGGAAGUGUCGGAUUAUAAUAGAUUGAUUGAUACUUUGAGCAAAUCGAAAAAUGUUGAGAAAGCACAAGAGGCAAGGAAGUAUGAUGAAGCACUUGAGUUAUUCCGUGAAAUGGAAGCAAAGAAUUGUAAGCCAACUCCGCAAUCUGUUAAAACUAUUCUCAUUAGAUCACUCACUAGUGAUUUUCUCAGCACACUCAAAGAUCAAACUUUCCUCCAAAAUUCAAAACCUCACAUUGAAACUCAACAUGGGUCUUUGCUAAAAUAUUGUCUUGGUUUUUACAGACUAUUACAUGAUGGUGUAGGCCAAGUGUUUGAUGAAAUAAAUGACAAGGACCCAGAUAGUCUGUUCUCGAUGGUGCUAAGGUUGAAGUAUAAUGCUUUGAUUGAGGCUUUGGGUAAGAUCAAAAAGUUCAAGGUGCUCUGGAAUUUAGUUAGUGAUAUGAAGCAUAAAGGGUUGUUGAGUAAAGAGACAUUUGCAUUGAUUUCAUGGAGAUAUGCUAGAGCAAGGAAGGUUAGAGAAGCCGUAGAUGCUUUUGAGAAGAUAGAGAAGUUUGGAAUGAAGUUGGGAGUGCCGGAUUAUAAUAGAUUGAUUGAUACUUUGAGCAAAUCAAGAAAUGUUAGGGGUUCAUUAGAGUCUUAUGGAAUUAGUAACCCUAGAGAGCUUAGGAAACAAAGACUAUACCUGUGA